AUGGGAACCAAAAUUGAAUACGCCAUCAAUAUAUUAGGAACCUCAAAAAAUAGCAGCAGCUUAACCGUGCAUCGCGUGGAUGACUGGGACUAUUUUCAGAAAAGUGGGCUGAAGGAGAAGUAUAAGAAGGCUAGAACCGAGGACAAAAUUCGGAACUCGAUGGAUAGGAUGCUUGACAAGCACAACAUAGAUACCAUAAAAAAGACAAUGCAGAUGCAUGAAGAUACCUUUAAACACCAGAUUCGAGAGCUACACCGACUGUACAGUGUACAAAAGAUGUUAAUGGAUGAACUGAAAAAAGAGAUGAAACGAAACAGAUUUUGGGGGCCGGUGACUAGUAGUGCAGAUCACAUUAACCAUUCUCAGUUGAUUAACUGGCAGCAUUCAACAACUCAAGCUUCUUCUGGAUAUAAUUUCCAUCUUCAGAGGUUGAGAGAUGAUCCGAUCUCUAGAGAGGGCAGUGGAAGUUGCUCCGGAGACACCCUGAGAAUGUCAAGGGGAUUUGACCUUGAAAGGCCUGCCGAGGAAGACAUGUCAACAGGAGUCAGUACAAUUGACCAAGAACAAGCAGGGCCAAGCUCUCACAUGGCCUUCAAAAGUAAAAAUAUGAGUAUAGCUGGCUGUGAUGAAGAUAGUGAAGUGGAGCUUACAUUAAGCAUUGGAAGCAGCAAGAACAAGAAGAGAUCAAAAUCUUACCAGCCUCAGUUAGGAUGUGCUGAGCUGAUCCAUAAAGAAAAGGAACUUGAUUCGCCUGCCUCAUUCAAAUCAGAUAGAGGAGACUGCAGUGAUCCCACAACUCCCAUGAGCAGCUCUAGUGCAACAUUUGACCAGGAAAGAAAGCAGCCACAUUGGCUUUUCCAUGGUUUAAAGCUCAAAUAG